AUGGCUCCUUCAACAUCCGUCAACCAACUACCCCAGGUAGACGCCUCGGCCGCCACCCACAACAACGGCAACGGCAACGGCGCCCUCAAGCAGGAAAAGUCCCCAUUCAUGAAGACUACGGCUUUCCCCAGGCCCCAAAAGUUCGACGAUCCGUAUCAGGAGCGGCAGUACCUCAAAGAGCGACUGGCUCUGGGCUUCCGCAUCUUUGCCAAAAACGGGUUCGACGCUGGCGUGGCGGGCCACAUCACCGUCCGGGACCCCGUUGAGCCGGACUCGUUCUGGCUGAACCCGUUCGGCGUGCCUUGGCCGCUCCUCAAGGCCUCGGAUCUCAUCCGCGUGAAUGCCGAGGGUGAGGUCGUCGAGGGUGGCCCGAUCAAGCUUCUCAACACAGCUGCCUACAUGAUUCACCAUGCAGUCCACGAGGCCCGCCCUGACGUAAAAUGCGUGGCUCACUCCCACUCCCUCUACGGCCAGGCCUUCUCGUCCCUGGGCCGUAAUCUCGACAACAUCAGCCAGGACACCUGCGCCUUCUACAACGACAUCGUCCUCUACAGCUCCUUUGGCGGCAUCGUCCUCGGCAAGGAGGAAGGCCUGCGCAUUGCAGCCGCCCUCGGCGACAAGAAGGCCGCCAUCCUGCAGAACCACGGCCUAAUCACCUGCGGCAAGUCCGUUGAGAGCUGCGUCUACUGGUUCCUGAGUCUUGAGCGCUGCUGUCACCAGCAGCUCCUCGCCGAUGCCGCCGCAGGAGGACGGGGCCACGAGACGGUCAAGAUUGAUCACGAGGACGCCGAGUUUACGUACAACACGAUCGGGACGGAGUCCGCUGGGUGGUUUUCCGGGAAGCCGGCCUUUGAUAUGAUGGAACAUGAGUCGGGGUUCACGUAUAAGAUGUAG